CAUAUGCUUAUCGGGGCUUUACGACCCAGACCCUGCUGUAAUGUGCAGAUAGGAUUUGAAAGGACUCUGCUUAGUGUGAAAAUUAAAAGGAAAAAAAGUGCAAAGGGAAAGCCAUGCUCCGACUUCUCAGACGCCAGGGCAGGAGGGUUGGGGGCUGCAUGUACAGCCAGCGGCGGUGCCACCAUCAUAAGAGCGUGAUGGCUAUCCGGCGAGAGGACAUCAACGUGUGGGAGAGGCGCGCCCCCCUGGCACCCCGGCACAUCAAGGAGAUCACUAACGCUGGCUACAAGGUGCUGGUGCAGCCCUCCAAUCGCAGAGCAAUCCACGAAAGAUACUAUGAGAAAGCGGGUGCCAUAAUUCAGGAGGACAUAUCUGAGGCAUCAUUAAUCAUUGGAGUUAAAAGGCCACCUGAGGAGAAGGUGUUUCCUAAGAAGACCUAUGCCUUUUUCUCCCACACCAUCAAAGCCCAGGAAGCCAAUAUGGGGCUGCUUGAUGACAUGCUCAAAAAGGAAGUGCGCCUCAUCGACUAUGAGAAGAUGGUGGAUGCAAACGGCUUUCGCAUUGUGGCCUUUGGACAGUGGGCAGGCGUGGCAGGAAUGAUUAAUAUUUUGCACGGUUUGGGCCUGCGUUUCUUAGCCUUAGGACACCACACUCCAUUUAUGCACAUUGGCAUGGCCCACAACUACAGGAAUGUCAGCCAGGCGGUGCAGGCAGUGAGGGAUUGUGGGUACGAGAUCUCCCUGGGCCUGAUGCCCAAGUCCAUCGGACCACUCACUUUUGUGUUUACAGGGACCGGCAAUGUCUCUAAGGGUGCCCAAGAGAUAAUCAACGAGCUCCCAUGCGACUUUGUGGAGCCCCAUGAACUAAAAGAGGUCUCCAGGUCUGGAGAUAUGUCUAAAGUUUACGCAACUGUGCUGAGUCGACACCACCACCUUGUGAGAAAGACCGAUGGAGUGUAUGACCCACUUGAGUACGAGCAUCAUCCUGAGCUCUACACCUCCCACUUCAGAGAGAGCAUUGCCCCCUACACAACCUGCCUUAUAAACGGAAUAUACUGGGACCCGCACACGCCACGCCUGCUGCGGCGGUUGGACGCCCAACGGCUGAUGCGGCCCAUCGAACGCUCGGCCCCCACCAUGGAGGGCUCGCCGGAGCUGCCCCACAAGCUCCUGGCGAUCUGUGACAUUUCAGCCGACACGGGAGGCUCCAUCGAGUUUAUGACAGAGUGCACCACCAUCGAUAAGCCAUUCUGUAUGUAUGACGCUGACCAGCAUAUAGAUCACGACAGUGUGGAAGGCACUGGUAUCCUGAUGUGCUCCAUCGAUAACCUUCCCGCCCAGCUCCCGAUCGAGGCCACCGAGUAUUUCGGGGACCGCCUGUGCCCGUACAUCUCGGAGAUGCUUCAGUCCGACGCCACUCGACCGCUGGACCAGGAGGAGUUCUCUCCGCAAGUCAGAGACGCUGUGAUUACGUCGAACGGAAAGCUGACUCCAAAGUUUGAAUACAUUCACAAGCUUCGGGAGAGAAGGGAGAAAGCGCAAAUCCUGAAGAUGAGCGGCAAGAAGAGAGUUCUGCUUCUGGGGUCGGGCUACGUGUCCGGCCCGGUCAUCGAGUACCUGACCCGGGACACGGGGACCCAGGUCACAGUAGCGUCAGUGAUGUUAAACCAGGCCGAGGAGCUGGCCAGAAAAUACCCCAACACAAUACCCGUUAUGCUGGACGUCACCAGCCAGGAGAGUCACCUUGAAUCUCUUGUGAAAGACCACGACCUGGUCAUCAGUUUGCUGCCUUAUGCCUUCCACCCUAUGAUUGCCAAGCACUGCAUCGGUAAGAAGGUGAACAUGGUCACGGCCAGCUACCUCAGUCCAGCCAUGAAGGAACUACAGCAGAGUGCAGAGGAGGCAGGCAUCACCAUAGUGAAUGAGAUGGGACUGGAUCCUGGCAUCGACCACAUGCUGGCCAUGGAGUGUAUCGACCAGGCCAAAGCAGACGGAUGCACUGUGGAGUCCUACAGCUCCUUCUGUGGAGGCCUGCCGGCACCCGAAUGCUCAGACAACCCCCUGCGCUACAAGUUCAGCUGGAGUCCGUAUGGUGUCCUGCUGAACACCAUCAGCCCCGCCAUCUUCCUGAAAGACAACCGGGUGGUCAGCAUCCCGCCCGGUGGGGCUCUGCUUGACUCCGUGGCUCCGAUGGACUUCCUCCCCGGCUUUAACCUGGAGGGCUUCCCCAACCGGGACAGCACCAAGUACGCCGAACCGUACGGGAUCAACUCGGCCCACACACUGAUCCGGGGAACACUGCGAUUCAAGGGCUUCUCCACAGCAAUGAGUGGGUUUGUGAAGCUGGGUCUGAUUAACACAGAGCCGUGUCCCAUGCUGGACCCGACAGCUACCCCUGUGUCCUGGAAAGAGCUGCUCUGCCAUCUGAUGCAGUUGCCACCCUCAAUCAGCAACGAAGCGUUCAAGGAGGCCGUGUAUGACAGGAUCGGAAAGGAUGACCACAGAAUGGAGACUCUGAAAUGGUUUGGCAUGCUCAGCGGUGAACCGGUCCCUCACGCAGAGACCAUUCUGGGCGCAGUUGCAAAGCACCUGGAGGCUAAACUGUCAUUCGAGAAGGGAGAGAGGGACAUGAUUAUCAUGAGGAACGAUGUCGGGAUCAGACACCCCACUGGCGAGCUGGAGACGAAGCACAUCAGCCUGGUGGUGUAUGGGGACCCUAGCGGCUACUCCGCCAUGGCCAAGACUGUGGGCUACCCGGCUGCCAUCGCCGCCCGCAUGGUGCUCGACGGUGAGAUCGAGACGAAGGGGCUGGUGCUGCCACUGACCAAGAACAUCUACAGCCCGGUUCUGAAGCGCCUGCAGGAGGAGGGGCUCCGCAUCACGGCCAAGAGCUCUCUCUCAGACUAGAUCAAACAGAAACAGAGCCAAGGCAAUACUAGGGGAGGCGCGUCGCUUAUUCACACGGCCCCGGGUCUGCACGCAGAGGCCGAAAAUAAGCAGGCACCUCCUGUGUUGCCGGUCCAUACACUGUGUACUUUGUGUAGAAUCUGGAAGAACACGCUCCUCAAACAAACUGUGUGCUUGGCCCUGGUCUUCGAGGGCCACCUGCCCUGCAGGUUCUAAGAAAUACCUUCUAAAUUCUAUUUUAUCUGUGCCGUCAAGCCUGUAAUAACGUCUGAUGGUGCCGAGUUCCUCUUGAGACAGGGACUACAAAUAAGCCAUUAAUACUCUUGCUAGAAACACCAGGGGUCCCUGGGGGUCAGUGCUGCCUGCCCACCGCUGUCAUAGCCUGAAUAGUAGUCAUAGUCAAAAACAAAGUAAUGUUUGUAGAUGUUCUAAUACAGGUGCUCUUUUGUAUUAAUGCAUUGACAUUCACUGAUGAUGACAAUUAUGUUGAUAUCAUGAACCAAGGGAGGGAUAGUUUCCAGUACUGAUUAGCAUAAAUGGAAGUCUGAACAAUAUACAUAAUUGCACAAAGGCAGUUAUCAUAGUUAUAUUUAACAAAUAUUUAUAUAUUUCUGUUACCCUGAAAUACAGCACUUAUUUACUUUCUUUGAAAAAAUUCUAAAUCAUUUCGUAUUUAUUCCAGUCUUGAUUUUACAAAGUGUCUCCUUACAAACCCAAGUAUGGUGCUGUAGAGGAUCCAUAACAUAAGUAAAUAUAUAAUCUCCCUCCAGUAAAAGUCAAAGUUUGUGAAGAUGUAAAGGUUUUUGCCCAGUUUAUACUGUUCUGUAAGCAGGUGGUUUAGAUGUAUGGCUUUCAGUCAUCUGCAAUUUAGAUUAAGAACUUGAUAUCUUAUAACAAAGAAUACUCCAGUGUUGUAGUAUGGUAAUGCAUAUGUUACUUGGUAGCCUGUUUGAAACUAUUUCACUUUCACUUUUGUAUCUCACAGAAAUAAAGUAAUCCACUUUAGAGAGAGUACUGUGGCUGUGUGAAUAUACUGUAAGUAAGUUGAGAUAUUGCAGUGAGAAGAUCUUGUCUCUAGUCAGGCUGUCGCUCUGUAAAACCGAUAAGAGGACAGGAACAGGGUCACACCCACUGGCUCUGUCAGAGGCGUGCCCCAGGACAACAAAGGAGCACAAAACUGUUCUCAAAACCGGUUUCAAAAUCAGUCAUCCAAACCAUAACGAUCAGGGUGCAAAGUCCUCCUAUGAACGGGUCCCAUCUCCAAGUCUAUCUUAGCUGCCAGUUUUCUGCCAGCCGUCUACAGUGGCAGCUGAAAAAUAACA